UCCUGGUUUCAAUGGAUCUAAUUAGAUCUCAAGGAUUGGGUUCUCAGUGCUAGGAAUAUACUAACUACACAGGGUGAUCCCAGAAAUAUAUUGGUUGGGAGUAGUAUGGGUGGAUUCAUCAGUUUACUUCUGGCCGCCGAUCCAACAUUAAAAUCCAGCAUAGCAGGAUUGUUAUUGGUUGCUCCUGCAGUAAACUUUUCUUCAGUGCUAUACAAAUCCAUCUGUUCUCAACUACCCAAGGAGGUAAUUGAGCAUUUGGAGGCUGGAGGUUUAUAUAAAUACGAAAAUGAGUUCGGUUCUAGAACAAUCAGGAAAUCUUUUUUUGACUCUGCUGCUGAACUUGAGUUUAAAGGAGAAAUACAUGUUGAUGUUCCAGUCACAAUACUUCAUGGGGUCAAGGACGAAACUGUUCCCUUUAAGGAUUCUUUACAGAUUAUAGAAAAUAUUACUUCUAAGGAUGUAGAGUUGACCUACGUUAAGGAAAGUACUCACAGGUUCCAGGAUCCAUCCAGUCUCAAGCUUUUAAAGGACGCUGUGUUGAAAAUGGUUGAGAAAACUAAGAGAACUGACACUGAUAGAUAAAUGGUGACACUCAAUCCACAAAUAUUAUAAAAUCUAACUUUAUUUGAGAUCAUCUAUCGCUAUCUAUUAUAACUCCCCAAUAACACGUAAAUAUGUACAUUCUUUACAGA